GCGAUCGUGUGCUAGCCAACGUGUAAUGAAGGGACUUCGGAUUUCGAUAGUGAUAGCCCUGGUGGCUCUGGCAAGCGGUGUAAUUGAAGCCGGACAACACGAUGCUGUAUUGAAAAGUUUCAGCACAUCGGGCGGUGAGUGCGGUCAAUACCUGAACAACGAUGGCAACGGAGAGUGCAACGUCCAUUGCAUUGGAAUUGUUAACCACAAUUGGAAUGACAUGCAGGCAAGCUUCACACGGAACUAUGCUUACUUCUUCACUCCUGAUGCGGACGACAAGUGCUAUCAGAAUCGUACCGAUCGUUGUCUGGACCAGGUCUACUCGUCGAUUCCCAUCUACAACAAGUGUCUUCGGGCUCAGCAAGCAGGUCAGUGCUACAACGAUCAAUAUGGUCAGCUGAAUGCCAGCCUUCCGCACUAUGUGCCAAUGACGGAUUUGCAGUACACCAGAGUUAUGCGACAGUGUGCAUAUAUACUGGGCCUUUCCGAUUAUCAACUGUCAACCAUUGUCGAGCAGGGUGCCUACAAUGCAUCGGAUGGAGCCUGUCUACUGCGGUGUACGGUGAUGCGCAUGGGACUUUGGCAUGACAAAAAGGGGAUUGAUUUGGCACGAGCGACUAUGCAGUGCGGUAUUUAUGGUGAUAAAACGGCAAUCCUAGACUGUCAAGCCAAGAUUAUGGCCGAAGAGUGUGACAAAUGCAUACAGGUUAAGCGCACAGCGCAGGAGUGUCUUAAAAUGCACUACAAAGUUAACAAAAAUCAGGAUGGUCACUAUUCGGUGGAACUUUAUGGUACUUUCAUCGAGAUAGAUACUUAUUCUGGCAGCUCAGUCAAUUCUAAUGCUGACACCUAUCAAGAAUUAAGCUUACAAGUUGUGUCCUUCGGUUGAUUUGUUUUGUGACUGUAGCUCUAUGAAUGGUAAUCGGGCAUCACAUAUACUGCUGAGAUAAUUGACGCUGUUUUAAUCC